CCCUGUCUCAAAAAGACAAACAAAAGACCAACCAAACAAAAAAACCCCUAAAGACACAGGAAAACUGAUUCUUUUCAAGAAAACUGAUUUGAAUGAUAUAUUUUAUGCAAUCCAAAAUAUCCACAAUACAUUAACACGGCAUCAAUAAAAAAGGUACUGAUGUGGUAUUGUACUCUUUUUGUACUGUGUCUUCAAAAUCUAGUGUACAUCUUACAGACAGAGUGCCUCUCCGUUUGUGGUACAGCAGCUCAAGUGUCCAACAGCCACGUGUGACCUGGCCAGCAUAAGGCACAACACAGCCGGAGACUCCUUCCGCAGCCCAGACCCUGAGGGUUCUCUAAGUGCGGGAGAUGGAACCUAGGCCCUCACGCCUGCUGACCACAUCCACCCCUGAGCGCCAUCUGGAAAGGACACCUUUCCCGCCGCACCUGCUGCCGCCGGCCGCGGACCAUGCGAGUCCCCUCGGGCAGCGCUCGCACCGAGCCCCACCCCAGGAGCGAGCUCCGCCACUGCUCGUGCCGCGCAGGGGUCGCGAUCAGGUGCGUUGGCAGAACCCCGGGUCACCGACCCGCACUCCGCCACGCCGCAAAUCACCGGGGCGGCGGGUCACGCUCUAGGGCGCGGGAAUGGGGAGGGCGCCCAGGGCCACUGCGCGCUGCAGAUUCCCGCUCGGGUCCCCGGUGGCCGAGGCACCACUCCCUCUCCUGCGCGGUAGGGCAUCGGAACGGCGCACCCCGCACUCGCACCCCCGACGCCCCGCGGUCCUGGGUCGCCGCCUGCGGCCCAGCCCGCUGCUCGAGGAAAAAGACGGGGGCCAAGGCCCGAGGGCGCCCAGCGGAAACCGCAAGCCCGGGCGGGUCGGCCGCCCAUCAUCCUGGGACGCGAGGAGGGGCGGCUGAGGCGCGCAGGCCAGGCGCACCCCUCGCCCGGCCAAAGGCAUCGGCGAGUCGCCGGGAGGCAGGGUAACGAGGAGAGCGCGUGGACCGCGCAGCCGGCUCUGCCCUUGAAACGCGGCGCCACCCGCCGGGGGUCGCAGCCCUGACCCAGCGCG